GAUAUUGCAGUAAAUAUGUAAAGACUUUAUUUUUUUUAUAUUUAACGAGCUAAUUAUAAACCUAUAAUCGUUAAAAUGGGUUGUUGUUUGCAUAUCGCUUAACACGACAGUUUGCCAUGGUCCACUUGCUCCUGUGUUUCAUAAUGCCCUGCUGUACUGUACGGUCCUGUGCGCUCCUUGUGCCCCGGCGCUGCGGCCUGUCGCUUGUGGUCCAUCACCGAGCCGCGUUUUCCCGGUCGGGGGCCGCGCUAACGAGCUGCUCCUCCUCCUCGUUUUGGGGAUUUACCCCGGGGCGCACUGACCACUGGACGCACCGAGGAGGCUCCGAGGAUUACUGCCAUGCAGCCGAGCGAGCCUCCAGUUAUCCGAGCUGACGCCAGGGGAUAUCAGGGUUAUGAGCUCUUUGAAAAAACAAAACAAAAAAAACAAAAAAAACAGAGAAGACUGCGUACUGUUAAGUGAAAAUGUGAAUUCACUUCUCCAGCGGUGCCAAUUACGCACAGAGAUGCGCUGAGCUGGCACAUUCGUCAAGAAACAACACUACAAAAGCUCUUUCACUGAGGACCUGUAAUCUGGCUGUCACCGAUGACUGUCACCUACACAGCCAGAGUUGCAAACGCCCGUUUCUGUGGCUUCUCCAAGCUGCUUUUGGCCUGGAAAGGCAGCAUCUACAAGGUGUUAUAUAAAGAAUUCCUGGCUUUCUUUGCCAUGUAUACCGCCAUCAGCAUCACUUACAGAUUUCUCCUGUAUGAUGAUCAGAAGAGGUAUUUUGAAAAGCUGGCAAUUUAUUGCAACCACUACGCCAGUCUUAUCCCCAUGUCCUUUGUACUGGGUUUUUAUGUGACCCUGGUGGUGAACCGCUGGUGGAGCCAGUACACCAGCAUCCCUCUCCCUGACAGGCUCAUGUGCGUCCUGUCGGGGGGCCUCCAGGGGAGCGACGAGAGAGGCCGCCUGCUGAGACGAACCAUGAUGCGUUACGCCAGUCUGUCGGCCCUGCUCAUCCUCCGCUCUGUCAGCACGGCCGUAUUCAAACGUUUCCCCACCAUGGACCACGUGGUGGAGGCUGGAUUCAUGUCAAGAGAGGAACGGAAGAAGUUUGAGGGUCUACACUCUCCUUAUAACAAAUACUGGAUCCCCUGCGUUUGGUUCACCAACCUGGCUGCUGUGGCCCGCUGCGAGGGCAGGAUCAAAGACGAUCACACACUCAAACUACUGCUGGAGGAGCUGAAUGGGUUCAGAGGGAAGUGCAGCAUGCUGUUUCACUACGACAUGAUCAGUGUUCCCCUAGUCUACACUCAGGUGGUGACUUUGGCAGUGUACAGUUUUUUCCUGGUGUGUCUGAUUGGUCGCCAGUUCCUGGACCCCAGUCAAGGCUAUCCCGGUCACGACCUGGACCUCUACGUGCCCAUCUUCACCCUGCUACAGUUCUUCUUUUAUGCUGGGUGGCUCAAGGUUGCAGAGCAGCUGAUCAACCCUUUUGGAGAAGAUGAUGAUGACUUUGAGACCAACUGGCUGAUAGACAGAAAUUUCCAGGUGUCUAUGAUGGCGGUGGACGAGAUGUAUGGAGAUCUGCCGAUGAUGGAGAGAGAUCGUUACUGGAAUGACUCCAACCCCAGACCCCCCUACACCGCCGCAACUCUCUUUGUCCUCCGCAAACCCUCUUUCCAGGGGUCCACUUUUGACAUGGCGAUUCCUAAAGAGGAGAUGCACUUCCAGCCUCUGGAGGACAUUGCUGAGAACCUGGAGGAGUCAGGCGGUCGUCACCCCAACAUGGACCUCUUUAACCGCCUACUCAGCGCAGCCCCUUCCCCCACUGGCUUUAUGGGAGGGGCUCUUCGCCGCACCUCAGCACAACUCCAGAGGCUACGCCACUCCCCCAGCAUUGACCAAUGCACCAGCGAUGAUGAUGACGAUAGCGGUAAAAUAGGUAAAGGUGGGUCUCUGCCGUCAGGGCUGGAAACCCAGAGCACUGUGUGCAGUUUCUGGGAGGAGAAGAGCGCCAGAACGCCUCUGCUGGAGGUUCAGUUUGCAGCGGCGCAGGAGAGGCGAGAAGGGCAUCCUGCCGUCAAUAAGGAGGUGCGUAGAGUGGAGGGGAAGAGUGAUGAAGAGGAAAGCGGGAAAGCAGAGAGCACAAGGGAGGAGACCCAAACUCCUGUGUCACUGCUUCCUUCUUCCCCUCAGUCAUCAAGGGAGUUGUCCACUCAAUCAGCCUCCGCCAUUCCCUUCACCUCGUGUCACCCCUCUGCCUUUGUGUUUCACCCAGCUGCCCACUCCAGUCUGGAGCACUGCAGCUCCCAGCCGGCUAUCAACCAGAACAGAGCUCCGCCCGUCGUUCCAAAACCUCCCUUUGGUGGAAACAAAAUGUCCUUUCUCACUGUGCCGUCUUACAACGAACCUUCGCGUUUCCGCAGUGUGAGCAUGGGAUCAGAGCUCCCUGGGUCUUAGGUGGACAAUGGGUUGUGUGAAUGGGUUCCUAUAAAAUGUUGGCUGUUUAAAACCAUAAUGCUCGAUUCAGUGCACGUUUUCACAAGUGAAACUAGUAAUAGAUAAAAAAAUUAAAAGAGUGUUAAAGAUGUACUCCCAUAUAUAUAUUUUUUUUUAUAGAAAGCAAUAGCUCCCCAUUUUCCAAAAUAUACUUCCACCUCACUGAUAAUGAUGUCCGAAAGUCAUCUGUGAACUGUGCUAAAUUUCUCUGACAUGGGAGGAAAGUUUUGGUUGAUAUUUGAAGACACUAAAGACCAAGUCACUGUGACGUUGCGCUAACACAACAAUCACUUCCGCGUAGACACUUGGCGGUUGAUUUGAAUUGCAGAGAUUCGUGAAAUCGGCAAACUUGUUUAUUUCUGUUGUCAUUUUUAGCCGUAACUGUAAUGUUUAAAGAUAGGCUAUGUAGUUAAACACGGAGGUCCGACCUCAUAGACGUUUCUUCUGUGCUUAUUUUCUAAGCUAGCGUCUUUGAUAAACCAAAGCAAACGCUAUGAACAGCGACAACUCACCACUGGUCGGACUAACUGCUAGUUUUGGGUGGUCAUUUAAAUUGUAUGUACAGGAUACAGGGGUUUUCUACCCGGACAUUAUUGUAAACAAACAUUGUGAUUGGGUCUGUUGGAAACUUUAAAGAAAUAUUCUGUAUAUUUAAUACAGACAUUACACGUUUGUGCUAAGCUAGGCUAAACAAGUUUCCUAAUGUUAAGCCUAGCUUAGCACCAAGACUAGGCAGGAGGAGAUUGGCCUCCAUCAAAAAAAGCAGGAAGCAACAGCAAAAGUUUCUUUACAUGUUGAAUCUUAGUAGCUAGCAAACUACUCACCAGUGUAUUAAAGGUACACUGUGUAGGAAUUUCUCCCAUCUAGCGGUGACGUUGUAUUUUGCA